AAACCAAGUAAAUGUAUAAAAAUAGCUUCACAAUCGCAAUUAAUCGUAAAUAAGAUGCAGUUGAAUGAAAUAGUGCCAUUUGUUGCGGUUGGAUUUCUUUGGGGUGUUACAAAUCCAUUGAUCAAGCGCGGUUCUUCGGGCAUACAUUCGACCACAGAGAAUACUAACAAUAGACUAUAUCAAGCAUUAUUAGAGCUCAAAUUUUUAGUGCUCAGAUGGCAAUAUAUUUUACCAUUUUUGCUCAAUCAAAGCGGCAGUUUGCUCUAUGUGUACGCACUACAAGGCUCUGAAAUUUCACUGGCCGUCCCAAUCGCACAGUCAUGCACAUUCCUAUUCACAACACUAACCGCUCUGGGCUUGCGGGAGCAGAUGCCAAACAAAUUAUCGUUUUUCGGAAUUGCACUCAUUUCUAUCGGAAUCAAUAUUUGCAUCUUUUCGAAAAUGUAGACUAUUUUCAUGCCCAAUAAACAAUUGUUUUAUUAAAAGA